GAUAGUUCUGUUUGUUGCUUCUUCACCUGUUUUGUGGUGUUUUUGUCGGCAAAAGAUGAUCCUGACUAUUACAUAGAUUGCUGGUUGUUAAUUGCGUGAAGGCUAUCUUUCAUCAAUCGGUUUUGAUCGCUCGGAAAAAUGGCACAAAGCAUUGGCAGCAGGGCAUUCGUUGCCCCCGGACAAGAUAUGGACGACAGCCGAUUCCGCAUCCGGCCCUAUCAGCAGAUACUAUCGUCGUGCAGUGGUGCUUUGGUAACAUCGCUCUUCAUGACGCCAUUGGAUGUGGUUAAAACGCGUUUGCAAGCACAACAGAAGUUGUUGCUAUCGAACAGGUGUUACCUUUACUGUAAUGGUCUGAUGGACCACAUUUGUCCCUGCGGUCCUAAUAUGGGUCCAUCUGCGGUCAGCAAACCCACCCUACAUUUCACCGGAACUAUCGAUGCUUUCUCCAAAAUCAGCCGCUAUGAAGGUGUACGCUCACUCUGGUCCGGACUGGGGCCAACGCUCGUAUUAGCUCUACCAACUACCGUAAUCUACUUUGUGGCAUAUGAACAGUUUCGUAUUCGCCUAAAAGAACUGUACCAAAGCAAGAAAGGACUCGAUGCAGAACUUCCGAUCUGGUUGCCGCUGUUGGCGGGCAGUUCGGCCCGUGUCCUCGCUGUGACCAUCGUGAAUCCGCUCGAGCUAGUGCGCACCAAGAUGCAGUCCGAAAAGCUAAGCUACCGAGAAGUGGGCCACGCGUUCCGCAGCAUGCUGCGAGUUCAAGGCGUAUUUGGGCUCUGGAAUGGCUUCUUCCCUACGAUCCUGCGAGACGUACCGUUCAGUGGCAUCUACUGGACAACAUAUGAGUCGCUCAAAAAACACUUCAACGUCACUCAGCCAACGUUUGCGUUCAGCUUUGCCGGAGGGGCCAUUUCCGGUGGGGUGGCAGCGUUCUUCACCGUACCGUUCGACGUCGUCAAAACGCACCAACAGAUCGAGUUCGGAGAAAAGUUUCUCUACGCUGAAAACGGUGAAAAGGCAAAGAAAAAAUCCUUCCGCAUCGCUAGCACCUUUGAGACGAUGGGAAACAUCUACCGAGUGCACGGUAUUCGAGGUUUGUUUGCCGGGCUCACACCACGGCUGGUAAAGGUGGCCCCAGCUUGUGCCAUCAUGAUUGCCUCGUUCGAGUACGGGAAGAACUUUUUCUAUAACUACAACGUGCAGCGAUACCUGGAGAAAACCGCACCGGGGGGAGGCACGGGCUCCGUGGUUAGUAGUUCAACCGCCACUCUCGUAGUUCCGGCGUCGCGCCAAGGCCAGCAGAUAAGCAAAUAUUAAGUGCUGUUUUUUUUUUAUUUUGUUGCUCCUCAGUGAACACCGAUCUACUUCAUCCUUUUUCAAUCUCAUUGGCAAUGGUUGAGGAUGAAGGCCUAUAUCGUAAACUUAACGUAAUAAUGUGUUUAUAGCUGUUUAAAAUAAAAUUGUUAGCAUUUUGUU